GGAUGGAGGAGGCGCGCGGGGCUGGAAUGAGCAGGAGGGCGCCGCGAUGGCCGAGGAGGCGCCGCCGAGCCCCCCCAUCACCCCGCUGCAGCAGAUGGUGGCCUCGGGCACCGGCGCCGUGCUCACCUCCCUCUUCGUGACGCCGCUGGACGUGGUGAAGAUCCGGCUGCAGGCRCAGAGGACGCCCUUCUCCAAAGGGAAGUGCUUCCUCUACUGCAACGGCCUCAUGGACCACCUAUACGUGUGCCAAAACGGCAACGGCUGCACCGCCUGGUACCGGGCACCCACCCGCUUCAGCGGCACCCUGGACGCGUUCGUCAAGAUCACACGUCACGAGGGCAUCAGGUCUCUGUGGAGCGGGCUGCCCCCCACGCUGGUCAUGGCCGUGCCGGCCACCGCCAUUUACUUCACGGCUUAUGACCAGCUCCGCGACUACCUGCAGGCCCGCGCGGGCAGCCGGGGCCACCACAUCCCCUUGGUGGCGGGCGCGCUCGCCAGGAUGGGCGCCGUGACGGUCAUCAGCCCCCUGGAGCUCAUCCGCACCAAGAUGCAGUCGCGGCCGCUCAGCUACCGGGAGCUGCGCGUGUGCAUCCGCUCGGCCGUGGCGCAGGACGGCUGGCUGUCCCUCUGGAGGGGCUGGGGGCCCACGGUGCUGCGCGACGUGCCCUUCUCAGCGCUCUACUGGUUCAACUACGAGCUGGUGCGGGCAUGGCUGUGCAGGCAAGCCCGGCUGGACGAGGCCACCUUCGCCAUCAGCUUCGUCUCCGGGGCCGUGUCGGGGACGGUGGCGGCCGUGCUCACGCUGCCCUUCGACGUGGUGAAGACGCGGCGGCAGAUCGAGCUGGGCGACGGCGACGCACUGCGAGCCCCUGCCAACAAGUCGUCGUCCACCUGGCUCCUCAUGCAGCGAAUCCGGGCAGAGUCCGGCACGCGGGGACUCUUUGCAGGCUUCCUGCCCCGUGUCAUUAAGGUGGCCCCGGCCUGCGCCAUCAUGAUCAGCACCUACGAGUUCGGCAAAACCUUCUUCCAGAAGCUGAACCAGGAGCGGCAGCGGAGCAGCCUGUGAGCCGAGAGCCACCCGCGGCCACCUGCGCCCUGCAAGUGCCUGCCGGCCCCG